UCCGGCGGGCAAAGAAUCCAGGUUCCAGUCCAAAAAUCCCGUUUCAGAGAGCUAAGUGCUUUUGUGUGCAUUUUUGUAAUGUUUACUAAUUUUUAAAAACAAUAUUAUUUUGACAUUAAAGGAGCCAUUAAAAAAGGUAAUCGCAAAUCCUUCUACCUUAAUGUAUUCCCAUUUCCCCCCAUACUCACUUCUACUUCCCAUCCGUAACAUUUAUAUUAUUUAGUUAACUGUAUCUGUUGUACAGUCUUAGGUUGUUUUAAUUGUUACUAUUAUAAAUAACGCUGGGAGGCACAUUUUCAUGAAUAUGCCAUCUUUCUUCUUUUUAAAUUAUUUUCUUCAAGUAUGUCCCAAGGCCUUGCCUUAUUGAGGUCCAAUGGGAGUGGCAAAUUCUGUCUUGCUAUGUAUUAUCACAUACAUUACAGAAAAGACGACCAGUUCACAAUACCACCAGCAACGUAACUGUGGAUGAGAGCAGCAGCUUCUCCGAGAAUCAUUAGCGUGUUCGCGGAGGGGGCACUUUUCUUCAUGUAACAUUUUACUGAGGACGUUUGCACAGCACCAUUUCAAUGUCAUCAGGUAGAUGAUGAUCAGCAUCCGAUGACCGAUUGAAAACUCCUACACGCGCUCCUAUUUCUCCCUGACGUAGCCCGACAUCCCCCCUUCCCCCGCCACUGCACCAAGCCCAGUUCUAGGCACCGAAGACACACUGAGCAAAGCCCAUGCUCCUUCAGGCUUGCGGAUGAGGAACCGGGCCGGGCGGGCUCAGGUACCGCGACCUCGGGCCAGGGGACGGGGCUGGCGUCCGCAGCCAGGCCACCCACACGGGGCCGCGCGGUCAGGAGGCCGGAGGCCGGAGCCCCUGCUCGGAGGAUGGAGUCUGGGUGGCGCCAGUAGCGGCGGGAGGCCCUGUGGGAUGUCACAUGGAGGGAGGGUGGGCCAGGGGUUGGGAGCCCCGUGGGAUGUCACAUUGGGGGAGGGUGGGCCAGGAGUUGGGAGCCCUGUGGGAUGUCACAUGGAGGGAGGGUGGGCCAGGGGUUGGGAGCCCCGUGGGAUGUCACAUUGGGGGAGGGUGGGCCAGGAGUUGGGAGCCCUGUGGGAUGUCACAUGGAGGGAGGGUGGGCCAGGGGUUGGGAGCCCCGUGGGAUGUCACAUUGGGGGAGGGUGGGCCAGGAGUUGGGAGCCCUGUGGGAUGUCACAUGGAGGGAGGGUGGGCCAGGGGUUGGGAGCCCCGUGGGAUGUCACAUUGGGGGAGGGUGGGCCAGGAGUUGGGAGCCCUGUGGGAUGUCACAUGGAGGGAGGGUGGGCCAGGGGUUGGGAGCCCCGUGGGAUGUCACAUUGGGGGAGGGUGGGCCAGGAGUUGGGAGCCCUGUGGGAUGUCACAUGGAGGGAGGGUGGGCCAGGGGUUGGGAGCCCCGUGGGAUGUCACAUUGGGGGAGGGUGGGCCAGGAGUUGGGAGCCCUGUGGGAUGUCACAUGGAGGGAGGGUGGGCCAGGGGUUGGGAGCCCCGUGGGAUGUCACAUUGGGGGAGGGUGGGCCAGGAGUUGGGAGCCCUGUGGGAUGUCACAUGGAGGGAGGGUGGGCCAGGGGUUGGGAGCCCCGUGGGAUGUCACAUUGGGGGAGGGUGGGCCAGGAGUUGGGAGCCCUGUGGGAUGUCACAUGGAGGGAGGGUGGGCCAGGGGUUGGGAGCCCCGUGGGAUGUCACAUUGGGGGAGGGUGGGCCAGGAGUUGGGAGCCCUGUGGGAUGUCACAUGGAGGGAGGGUGGGCCAGGGGUUGGGAGCCCCGUGGGAUGUCACAUUGGGGGAGGGUGGGCCAGGAGUUGGGAGCCCUGUGGGAUGUCACAUGGAGGGAGGGUGGGCCAGGGGUUGGGAGCCCUGUGGAUGUCACAUUGGGGGCCCUAAGCUGAAGCUGCCUCUCAAGUCGCAGCAGAGUCGCCGCCGAGCCUGCGCCGUCCCCACAGUUGCGCUCAGCGCUACACAGGAGACGGGGACGACACCCCGACCCCGACCCGCAGGGGCCGGUAACGCACCCGGUCCCGGGAGGAAGGCUUCGCCCACAGUCCAGGAUCCGGGGCACCUGCGGGGAGGACCGCCUCCCACUUGGAAACCCCUCUUCGGGGGCGGGGGCCCGGCUCCACGAGGGCUG